GAAUCUGAAAACAUAUAAUCUGAAACUAUAAAUUUUUUUUUUUAAUUUUUAAUUUAUUUAUUUUUGUUUGUUUAUUUAAUUUUAAUCUAAGGGUAUUAGGGAUAUUUUACUCUUUAAUGAAUGUCAUUUUUGUGACUUUCUCCUUCUAGUGUCAUUUUUGAGACAUAAACUUCAAAAGGUGCUAUUAUUGACAAUUGCCCAUUUUUUUUAGCUUUGUUACAUAAUAAGUAUUUGCCGAAAUCAGUUUAAGUCGUCUAGACGGCCUAUCUUCUAUAACCAAAACGAUUUUUAUUGAAAUCCAAUUUUUAUACAGUUCAAAUUAGUUUAUAACUUUUUAAAGUGGUUUUAAUUGUUGUAAAUUUAUUAAAUUAAAUGCUAACAUUAGUAUCAAUUUAUAAAUUUGUCUAAUUUUUUAUUUGUAUAUAUAAUUUUGAUAACUAGAGCAAUCAAUCCUUUUACUAACACUAGUGUAAGGCUGUUCUACCGAGUCUCUUAAAAUAUUGGUGUUGGUACUACAAUGUUUUUUUUUUUUUUUUGGAAACAACUACAAUGUUUUUCUAAAACAAUUAUUUUCAGCUAUUAUGAGACCAAUAAACAAAACUGGAAAGGUGGGCGUGAAGCAAUAGUCUAUCAGCUUUGCAUGCUGAGAUGAAAGGUUUACUUUGGGCAGUCUCAUGUAUGAGAGACAUAAGGAUAAUUUUGAUACGAUUCGAGACGAACUGCUCGGACCUAGUGGACAUGACUACAAACCCAGUGGAUUGGCUAACAUUCGCGAUAGUCACGGUGUUCUAGAGAUUACUUGAGGAUUUCGAAGAUGUGAGCAUGUCUCAUAUUUCUCGGAGUAUAAAUGGUCAGACAGACGCGUUAGCAAAAUAAUCAAGAACCAAAUGCUAUAUUUUUCCCAUAUAGAUCAGAUCCGACCAGACGGAAAUACUUUCCAUAGAAUCGGCUUCUCUGACCACUACUUGAUCUUAGCUUAAAUGGGCGACAAAAAAACAAAACAAAACUGGAAAGGUGAAUGUUGUAGAGCUUCUUCAGUUAUGGUCUAUGCUCUUUCUCUAGUGUUUCUGUGUUUAUUCGUUUCUAGCUUCCCCUCGUAUUCGCCUUUAAAUUUUCGCUAUGCAUUAAUGUUUCUAUGUUUAUCUAUAUAAGAAAGCCCCUUUAAAGAGUGGAUGUUGUUAUGAAAAAUAUAUGCUAUAAUACCACCUGAUCAAUUUGGUCCACUAGUUUAAAUUGAUCUUCUUAGAAACUUGCUUUAGUUUGCAUAUUUUGGGAGGAUGGAUUAGAGUGCAGGUAGUAGGGGCCUCACGUCCCAAAAAUUUAUUGCAUUGCUUGGACAUUAAAAUUAUGGAGCUCAGUCUGUGGUGCUCUCUGGAGUCUGGAGGUUAAUAAGAGGAUGGUGAGUAUCAUGGAGAGUGUUUUUUAUAUUCAGGACCUUUGUUUUUUUGGUAAUAUUCCAUUUUGUUAGACUUAGUUUCUAUUAAGUUUAUACAUAUUUAUCCGAAGUCCAAACACCAAACCAAACUGAACUGAAAACGAAGUUUGGAUGAGAAAAUCUUAUACCUAUAACAAAAAAAAAACCAGAGAUCAAACCAUAAUCGAAUCAAGAACCAAAUGGAUGUCUAAAUUUCUAUAAAUAAUUUAUAUAUUCAUAAAUAUAAACUAUAGUUAAUUUUAAAAUAAUCAAAUAUUUUUAAAAUACUAUUUAUAAACUCGACUACCGGAAUAAUUCUUUACAUAAAUAAUUAAAAUUAUCCAAAUUCUUAUCUGAAAAUUCAAAAAAAAUUAAUAUUUAAAAACUCAAAAUUUCUGAAUUUUUAACCCGAAUUAACUGAAAACAUGAACAAAAAAAAACUAUUUCAUAUACUAGAUGAUUCCAACUUUUUAUCCAAACCAAACCAAAAACCAAUAUAAUCGAACCAAACCGAAUUCCCUAAAUACUUUCAGGAAAAAAAGUUCAAAUUAAACUUCUUCCGACGUGUCUUUUCCAUUCAUGAACUCUGUACGUAUUUAAAUUUAGAAAAAAACAAAUAAACUUUAGAAAUCGUGCCAUAACAUUGUUGGUGUGUGAAUCAUACGUCAUCACUUGAUCCGUAUUCACAGAGACCAUUCAAGAAAAGGUAAAAGCACCACACAUAUUGUAAAUCAAUAGAAAGGGUGAAUCUUUACAGGUUGUGGGCUGUUGGAAUUGACGUCUAAGAGACGUAUAUGAGGAUUACAAGCUGCAGCCAGAUGAUGCUUAUCUGGAGUUAUCUCAAGCCUAUUCACAUGCUGGAGAAAGAAACACCUAGCCCCAAUAGAAAAAAAAAACGUAUCAGUUUGUGUUCCGUACAGACAAUAAUCCCGACAAGAAAUUAAAGCUUUAAGAUUGAAGCAAUCUCUAGAGCAGAGUGUCUCUAUGUAUGGAAUGUUUAAAUGUUUUAUAGCUAAGUUAUUUGCUCGUUACUCAAAAAAAAAUAACAUAAAAUAAAAUAAAAUUUGCUCGUCUCUACAAAACAUACGACUUUCUAUGUGAAUAAUGAUCAAGAAAACCCCUUUUUUUUCUAUCUAUAAGUAUAUUUUCAUGUAUUAGAUCAUCAAUCCUUUAAUCAAACACUAGUAUAUGCUAUUCUAUUGCAAGUCUCUGAUGAAAUGUUGGUGUCAGUACUACAAUUUUUUUUAAAAGGAUCAUUUUAGCUAUUAUGGUACCAAUUUAUAAAAUUGGGAAGGUGGAUGUUGUUAUGAAAAAUUAUGCUACAAUAACACCUGAUCAUUUUGGUCCUACACUAGCUUAAAUUGAUCUUCUUAGAAACCUGCUUUAGUUUGAAUAUACUGGGAGGAUGAAUUAGAGUGUAGGUAGUAGAGGCCUCACGUCCCACACGUUUAAGGAAUGAAUUUGUUUUAUCUGGUUUGAUCUUUUCAAAUGUGAACUAAAGCUAAUUUGAAUUUAGGGCCUAAGCCCAUUAUAUAAUAUCCUAUAUAUAAUCUUUUGCCCUAAGAAUAUGUCGCAAAUAUAGAUGGGCGACGACAGGAAGAUCAAAGGAGCUGUAGACAGGAUCAACAACUUACCAGAUGUGAUCCUCCAACACAUACUCUGCUUUGUUCCGACCACCAAAGUAGCCAUCAGUACUUCCCUCUUGUCUAGACGAUGGAGGCAUUUAUGGUGCGAGGUACCUUCUAUCUCCUUAGAUGUGGAUACACUGACGGCAGCUUCUGUAAACGAAACCCUAACUCGAUAUACAGCUCCCAUGACGAAGAGUUUUCAUCUCAUUUUAGAAAACAUAACGGAGAACAUACCAUACAUCGACAGGUUGAUCAAGUUCGCCAUGUCACACAACUUUGAGAAUCUUUCCCUGGAUUUAUGUUCUUCUUAUGAAGAGUUUAAGCUUCCUGAUUUCUUCUACAGUAGUGAUUCUUUCAAGCAACUCAAAAUCUAUUCUCAUAAGAUUGUUCCCUACUGCACUGUGUCUUGGACAUCGUUGCAGAAGUUAUCCUUGAGAUUCUGUAGACUCUCUGAUGAAUCUAUGUCUAAGAUUAUAUCCGGUUGUCCUGUUCUUGAAAACUUAACAUUGUAUGACUGCUAUAAACUAAAGGUUCUUGAUCUCAGCAAAUCCCUACGUUUGAGAACAUUAUUAGUACACCGUAACAUGGGGGCUGAGGGUCCAAGGCAGAUUGUGGCACCACAUAUCCACUGUCUCAGAUUGUUGCACUCGCAGUCAUCGUGUACUUUGGUUGAUGUCGCUUCUUUAACCGAAGCUAAGCUGGACAUUUGCUAUGCCCUAAGUAACCCUAACUUCAAGUUCAAGGCUGAACCUCUCCAAGUCAUGGUGCUAAAAAAUCUAGAGAAGUUACAAAACGCAGAGAAGCUUACGUUUGGUGGAAACUUUGUUAAGAUUUUAUCUCUGGCUGAGAUUUGUGGUGUUCCUUUCCCUAUUCUCAAGGUCAAAUCAUUGACUCUUGAUACUGUGAUCUGUAAGUAUGUUAUUCCUGGUAUAGAAAGGUUGUUACAAAACUCACCUGAUUUAGAGAAGCUAAUAGUACGUGGAAAGAUUUACAACUCGAUGCCGGGGGAGCAUCUUGACCAAUACUUGAAACUAAAGUCCUUGAGUCCGGAUCAAUGCUGGAAGUCAAAAGAUGGUUUCUCUUGGAAUAAGUCUCGUUUGAAUGUACAACCAAAGCAUGUAACUUCAUUCAUGGAACUCGUGCUUAAGAACACAGAGAAACUAGACAAGAUUGUCGUACUGCUGGAUGAACGUUACCUUACGUUUAAAAUUGAAUACGUGAUUCCAACGCUUCCUCACAACAGCAAUGUUACCAUUGUGCUCUCCUCCACCAACAAGCCUAUGGCAUCAGAGGAGUGGUGAAUCAUAGGGGUUAAAGUCUUUGAGUGUCAUUGAACAUUUAUUUUUAUUUUAUAUAACUUGUGUACUUUAUUGAAUAUCUACAUUUCCCAAACGAAAACACACUAGAAGUCGCCUUUGAUUUGGUCACACAAAUUUCAGGCCAUAUACAAGUCGACUUCUUUAGAGUGUAUCAAAAGCAGAUGUGAAUAUUGCUAGGUUUUAGUUAGCUUGUUGAUAAAAGUUUUUAUGAAAUAUAUCUAGAAGCCCCAAGAGAAGAAGAUGAACAUAAAAUACCCGAACCAAAAGUAUAGAAAUACCCGAGCGGGG